UCUUGUCGUUUAGAAAAUUUGUAAUUGCAAAAUUUCUGUUCCUUCAUUGCUGAGUUUGGAAUAUAUCGCUGUUAUAUUUACGAUUUUUGCAAAAGAAAUUCGAAAAUUCUAAAGAAAGUGUGUUAAUUCAUCGCUAACUAGUUAAAAAUGUCAUAUCUUGGAAAAGGAUCUAACGUUGUGCCUAAUUAACGGUUGUAUCUUUCCUGCUUCCAUUUUAGAGUAGCGACCUAAAUGAGCUAAUCGAGGACACGAGUUUAUUAAUAGCAUCCGUAUACACUAUGUUGGAUCGGACUCAACGCACGCCACAAGGAACGGCGUCAUCACUGGGGCGUAGGUCCCACAACAAUAGCGAUAGCAGUGGGCAACUUGAAAGGGCACGUUCUAAUUCCAGCUCACCGAAAUCGCCGAAAACACCACGUUUAAAUUUACCCGCUAGAGCAACAUUGUCCACACCAUCAAGUAGAGAAAUCGAACGGGAAGUCAAUCGAAAUCAAUUUUGUGAGAUGUUGGAGCGCAAUUUACGCACUGUGGCUUCGGAGCAAGAGCAGCUCAUUGGCAGACGUCUAGAAUCAACGUUACCAACUACUCCACGUAAUGCAAUGGGGAGAUCUCAACCGGUAAGAACAAAUAGAGUGCGCGCUCCAACACCCGAGGAAGUAAUCGAUUUAAGUGAUUCAAUGAAUAUGCCGGUACCAAUUCCGCGGCCCUAUCCAUUUAACGACGAUGUAAUAGUAGUGACACCAGAUGAUGCAGAAGUCGUUGAUCUUUGUACACCAAAUUUCCGUCGAAAUAAUGUACGCUCAAGAAACAGACGAACAACCAAUAACACGGAGGAUAAUCCCAGAAACGACAAUGCAACACGACAACGUUUGACCGCAUCACGUCGCUUGAGCUCUGCAAGCGGUCGUAGAGCCUCAUCACGUCGUUCACUAACUUCGAACGAAGGCAGUUCGUCGGUUAGCUCCACCUCCGCAACAACAUCAACAACAAACAUAGGAACAGCAAAUAAAGACAAAGUUAAUGACUGGUCACCUGGUGCACAAGCUGCAAAUUCCGAUGCUGGUGUGGUGAGCGAAAGUGGCCGUGUACCUUUUAUGUGUGCUGUUUGCAUGGAGAGUUGUGUUAAUAAUCAACCCACAUCAACCAAGUGUGGUCAUGUUUUCUGCGCCAACUGCAUACGUCAAGCCUUACGUUUGACACGCAAGUGUCCCAUGUGUAAUACCAAGCUCAGUCCCAGCAUGUUAUUCCGUAUAUAUAUUUAAGUCAUAAUUAAAGCCAAUUGUUUCGCACUUUAACCAGCGCUUAUGGGCUCCAACUCCUUACAAAUUAUUAUUAAAUCUUAAAACAGAAAACGGUAAAUCAUAAUCAUUCAAAUGUUGCUUGCUUUUUAUAAGAAUUUCAUAUAUUAUUUUAACCACUUAUUUACUCAGAAUUUAAGUUUGUCAUGUCUCAUGUAACGAUAAUAGUAAAAUCUAAGUUAGACCGUAUGUUAUUUUUUCAAAACUUUUAUAUAAUAUUUUCAUUCAAACUCACCUACAAACAUACAUAUUUAUAAAUUAAAAAAAUGUUGUGCUUUAUCUGAAAAAGUAUGAUGCGAUUUUUUAUUGUAUUUUCAUAUUGAAAACAAGUAUUUCAAUCAUAUGAUUAGCCAUGCCGUUGUGAAAAAUUUAUUUGCAGUUAGUUUACUGUAUAAAUAUUUCAAUUUUGUUUUUUUUUGUUUUGAAACAUCAUAUUGGAUAAAUUAUCAUAGAUCUGUGGGGAACUUGUAAAUGUUUUGCGAUGUAUUCUUCGAAUUUUAGUUGGCCGGGCAUACGAAAAUUGUAAGGGGCCUAGAAUUUAUUCACAUUUCAAAUUUAAGUAGACUUAAGCAAAAACAAAAUUAAUCAAAUAAAAAAUGCAAAAGAAUUAAGAUUAAUAAAAAUUCAUCUUUUUCAUUC